AUGGGACAAGGCAUCGCUCUCUUCGUUCUCAUCGUUUCUUACCUUCACCUCCAAAUGAGAGCCAGUGUAAUGCUCGCCGAAGCGUGGGAGGAUCUUAGGCCGGUCGACGCGUGCCUACCAGUUGACAGACGUUACGCCAAAUUUAACACCGAUCUCUGCGCGUCCAUCGGUCUGCUACCGUGCAUGUCCGUUGCUCUGACGACAUUCCAGUUCCGGAUGGGGCUAAUUUCUGAAGCGCCCGCCGCUACUCGUUGCUUCAAACUCCUUAGCAAUUUCCAAUCAACCUUUACCUGUGAAUACAAGCACCUCAAACAAUUCAUAUUCUACGAGAUUUCAACUGGCCACGUAUACAUCGAUGCUUGCACGGAUGCAUGUAGAGAGAUAUGGCAAGAGUAUGCCUACCUGUUUGAGGCACAGGAUGCACGACGGUAA